ACAUGUACCGGUACUUUCGAGCAGAGGUAUUGGCUGCAUACGAGUCUCCCUACACAAGUUUUACAGUACACCAAACAUAGCCUGCAGUCCUUUGCGAUAAAUGCUGAGAAGGAGCGAAUGUACUCAGCUGAGAGGUGGAAUAGGUCUGCUCCGUAAAGAAAAGAUAGCGUACCCUCAACUUUGCAACUUUGACUGUCCCUUUUGUAGUUCAGGACAUUCCUUGCUGUCAUCUGGGCUGUGGAGAACAGUGCUCUGUGAUGGGAUUGGCUCCUGCUGAAUUUCGAGGAAAGAAGUGAAAGAGAUGUGCAGUAUGUCUGGGCAUCUUUGAGCAAAUUGUGCUUUGAUGCUUUGCAUCAUGGGGACAGACCGUGAAGAAGAAAAUAACCGACCAGCCGAUAUCUCUGACGCCUUGACGUGGGAAAAUCAUACCAUGCUGGAGGACACACAAGCUCCUGGCCCCGCCGCCCUGACUCGCAAACUUCCCGAGCUCCCCGUGGACCGCGGCUGGGCGUGGUUUGUGAUGCUGGGGGCGUUCACUACCACGAUGUGCCUCAUGACUGUCAUACGUUCCAUGGCGCUGCUUUUGAUGGAGUUCUUAGAACUGUACCAAGCUUCAGCUACAAUGACCACUCUGGCUUUUGGUCUGUCCGCGGCCAUGGUGGCUCUGAGCAAUCUUCUGCUCCCCAUAUUCUUUCUGCCACGAUUCACCAUUCGGACGAUCGCUCUGAGUGGGGCCGUCGCCAACGCCCUCGCCCUUCUUGUCAUCGCCUUUUCGCCCUCUAUCUACCUCACCGACGCUAUGUUCGCCGUCACUGGCUUCUCCUUUGGGCUUAUGAUAGCUCCACAGAUGGCGCUACUGGGCUGUUACUUCAAACGACGCCUCUCCCUCGCCACAGCCACAGCUGGCUUGGGCUUGAGCGUGGCCACCAUCGGAGGACCUCCCUUCACACAGGCAUUGUUGGAUUACUACGGCCUGUGGGGGACUGUCAUGCUUCUGGCGGGCCUCAAUCUACACUGUAUACCAGCCACCAUGUUAUUUAGGCCCACUUCAAUGUACGCUGCCCCGGCAGCUUCAAAUCUGAACGCUAAGUCUAUUUCCUCCAGCAUCCCACCAACCUCAAGUGAUGUAGACACAAAGUCCCCGACUUUACCGUGUGUUCCCUCUGAACAUCACGCCAUUGAUAUAUCAAAGGAGCAGCGUAAAAGUGUUAAUAAUACCGGUAUUCUUAUUGAAACGGAAAAGGUAGGAGAGGACAGGUUAUCAGAAAAGGAAUGUAUAAAAUAUAUUUUCAACAAGGAUUCAGAAAAACGAAUUAGCAUAAGUGAAAAUCGCAGAAAAGCAUCAUUAAGUUGCAGUUUCUUAAACGAAGAGAAGAACGGUAGGGGAAUCCAAAACUUCCUUUACGAAACGAAUGUUCACAAAUUGUCCUUGAGGAAUAAAAAAACAUCAGCAAGUACAUCUGUCAUCGACAAAAUAUGCCAGUCCAGUUUUGUCCAGUACAUCAGUGCCCCGUCCCUGGGUGUAUUGGCGGCCAACCAGUCAAGUGGGCAACAAAAUGAUAGUAAACAAAGCCAGAUACUGUGUUCUUUGCCUGCUAUUCCGCACGGGCCUGUAGACGUUCAGCUCAACGGUGACAACGACGAGGAAGCGCCACUUUCGUGCAUACAAAAGUUGAAGCAGACAAAAACAUUUUCAGUGUACAGUUCGCCUCUUGCCAUCAUCCUUAUUCUUGCCUCGGGGUUGGGGGUCCACACCCAAGCUGUUUACGGCUACAUGCCUGUGAUAGGUGCGGAGAACGGUCUCGCCAUUGGCCAGACGGCGGUCUUGUUGACAGUCACGGGUACCUGUGACCUUCUGAGCAAACUGGCAAUAGGAGCCCUGGCGGACUUCCCGUGCGUCAACCGGAUGUUGGUGGGCGUCGUCUGCCAGAUGGGGAUCGGUGUACUCAUGCAGUUCAUGGAUUUCUUCAACAGUUUCCCUCUGAUGAUUAGCGUGCAGGUUGCAGCAGGGCUCACCGUUGAUACUUUCUACGUCCUGUUGCCUGUCAUCAUAGCAGACGUGCUGGGACCUGACUAUAUCGGACACAUCUUGUCGGCCUUCUUCCUCAUCAACGGCUUUAUUACGUCAAUGGACCAUCUUGUGGCCGGCUGGCUCAAGGACACCACAGGAUCAUUCCGGGGCGUCUACCAUUACAUGGGUGUUUUAUUUAUAGCCACGGGUCUUAUCCUGGCCUCUGAGCCGCUGGUGAAAAGAAUGAAGGCCAGAUCUAGGAAAACUUCAUAUGUCUCUGAUGCGUCAUAGAGAAGACCAACGAUCCUAAUUAUAUAUAUGUUAACCCCUUUCAAAUUCACUGCCGUAAUGCACACGCAACUACAUGUAUCGUGAAGUGUCGAUAUGAUGAACUGGCGAGUAUUCCUCCUGCAGCCACUACGAUUCACACUGUUUCAACAUCAUACGCAAUAAUGGGGUCUUUCAACUGGUAACUUCUAGAAAGGAGACUUUUGCUCCUUCAUUUUCUUAAAAAUAGAUUCUCCACCAACGGUCGUGCAGAACAAUGUGCGCCAACACAACAAGAAGUGAAUUCCAGUUUUCUAUUUACGCGAAGGCUAUCAAGGAACUGUUGUACUCUACAUAAACUAAAGACUUGUAUUACAAUUUCCAAGACAGGGAACUCUAGAGGUAAUUUUGGUUCACUAUAGCAUUUGACUCUAUUUGGAACCAAAUGAAGGACAAGGAGGGAACACCUACACCACAGACAGCGGUGAGUUUACAAAGGGAAAUCAGGUAAAAUUCAAAACACAUACGGUAAAGCAGCUACGUGUUUCAUUUGCAUUGAGCAACCUUGUAUGACAAUAAAUGUCACGCUUUGAGACUGGCGUGAAAACAUAAUAUGA